GAGGGUAGAACGUGCGAUGGUGUACUGGUGAGAUAUCACCCCCAGCAUGCCAAUGAUUAGCGUCAGACGACACUACACAUCCCCGGGGUGGCACAACCACAGCAUGGCGUCGCCACCAGUCCUAGCCCCGCCCGAGUGGGACCCCUCCUUCCACGGCUCAGUGCACACCGCCACGCUCGCCGUCUGCACCGUCCUGGUCAUCUUUGUGGUCAUCCUCGGCACCUUCGGCAACGGGAUGGUCCUGCUCUCAGCACUGCAGUGCCAGUGCCGGAAACUGCGCUCAAACUUUGAUGUGCUCGUAUUUAACUUAGCAGGGGCGGAUUUCAUCAUUUGCCUGUGCUUGUCGCCCACGUUUUUGUACCUGCUGUUCUCGGAUCCGCCUUCGCCGCGCGAGUUCUGUGGCGGUUUUCUGUUUUCUUCGACAACCUGCGGACUUUUGUCAUUGCUCACCCUAGUGGCCAUCGCGGCCCACAGACAGUCUAGGGUCAGAGGUCGGGUGAAAAGUUCGCUAAGCACCGCCAAGACCGCGGUUAUUUUGGGCGCGAUUUACCUGGUAGCCAUAGGAACGGCGGUGGGCGGGACGCUGCACGUGACCUUGUCCUGGACGAACUCGUACACCACGUGCCAGGCCAUCAUGAACAGCAGCGACAUCACCAGGAACAACGUCAUUCUCUUCUUCAUCAGCCCGAUCAUUUUCAUCAGCUUCAUCGUCAUCGUUGUCUCCUACGGUGUCAUCGCCCGGGCGGUCAGGGUGCAGACGUAUCUUCGCGUCAAGGCGCUGCAGCCCCUGCUGCGCCCCCCUAUAGCCCGGACGCCCCAGUACAAGCCCAUCCAGACGUCUGUGAUAAGCGACAAAUCCGCCACGGCUCCCGACAUGCAGCAGGUUCUCAUAGAAAUCCCAGCUGCCAGUCCGGCUCCCAAGAAGCCGGAGCCGCUGAAGCACUGCUCCUGCUGCAGCUGUAUGGCGGCGCUGGACAAGGAAAACAAGGCGGUGACCAUGUGCUUCGUGGUCAUCCUCAUCAUCGCGCUGUGCUGGACCCCGCUCGUCAUAUCCCACGUCAUCGAGCUGCUGACCGGCGAGUCCAUCAUCCUCUACCAGGUCAAGCUCUGCGGCAUCGCUCUCGUCUUUCUCAACAGCGCCCUUGACCCUUACAUGUACGCCCAGAACAACGGCCGGAUUAAACAGCGGUACGGCCGCUUUUUCUGGGACAUGCUCCGCUGCGGGUGCCGCAUGCCGCGCAGGCAGCAGUUUCGAACUCUGACCCCCAAGUCCACGGGCGCGAGGACGUUGCGUAACCCGGCCGUCACCCAAGACUGCGCCACUCUUCAGUUUUUACAGCACAAAAACCGCAAAACUAUUUUCAAAAAUUGUGAAAACGCAAAUUUAAACGCUAACAAAACCAAAGAUAAAUUCAACGCCCCACCGAAGGCGACGUACACGAACAAUAUUUUGAUCUACGGAGGGGGAGCAAAGUUGGUGGCGCCACAAGGGCCCCUCAGGAAGGUCGAGGUCAGAGACACUAAGAAAACUCUGACCCAAAAUGGCGGCGUUAUGAGCGAUGUCCGGAUACUCGUGCAUAAAAGCUGCUGUCAUGCGCACUCACCUGAUGAUCAAAGUUUGAUAGAGUCCUGAUUCCAACUAUGACAUUUAUUUAAUUCUAAUGAGGUUUGUACUGGAUCAUCAUCUGACGAAUGUAUGUGAGGGAUACAUGUGGAUUUACAACUGUACAUACGUAGAUGUAUAUAUAUAUAAAAUAUGAAUGAUGAAUGUUAACCAGCUUUCUAGAUGGUAAACUCGAUGAAUGAGCUUCCACUAUUAUUUUAUUUGUAUCACAAGUGUGCAAUACCAGUGUACAAGGAUGACAUGAACGCCUGAUUUAAUAACAAUAAAAACAUUGAAACUUUGUGUGCAUAGAAUUUCUUUACGAAA